AUGGCCAUGUUCGACUACACAAACUUCGACCACGUCUUUGGGUCGCAUACGUUUGCAUACGACCGCAAGUCUAUUCAGGAGAUCGAGACCUUCCGCAAGAGCCUCGAUGGCGCCCUCUUCAUCGAUCGCGUCCUGAAGGCACUGGGCCUCACAAAAUCCAAGACAUACCCUCCCAAGUCCGACAAUGCCCUCCGCAACCUCCACCAGCAGCUCUGCGAAGCUGGCAUCUCGACGCACCACCGCCUCUCCAUCUUCUACUACAUCCUUCUCGAUUUCGAUACCAGUCAGACUAGAGCGCAGGCAUCAUCCAAGUUCGCGGUCUCUUCCGGUGUCCCCAAGAACUAUCAGAUCUUCAUGAAGGGCCUUUGGCUGUUGGAUCACCAACAAUUCGAGAAAGCCCUCGAGUACAUUGCGCACCCUUCACUUACCACCGACUUCGCCGACGAGAUCAUGACCGUGCUGGUGCGCCAUGCUCCUGAGGGCGACGACACAUUGCCUCUCUCCUACUUCCACACGGUCCAGCCGAUUCUCAAGACACCCGAGGCACUGGAGUUGCUAUUCAACGCCAUGGCUAGGGCCAGCGUGACCGAGGCCUUCUUCUACUCAAGGACGCACUCCGAGUCUGUUCGGGGCCGGCUGUUCCGUCAAUUGGUGUUGUCCGUCCUCGAUUCUCCACCCAACGACGAGACUGCCGCUCGGGCAACGGAGUUGAUCGGCUUGCCAUUCGAUGCGACAGAAGAGGAGUGGUUCGAGGAGUAUCUUUCCAAGGAGGAUGGCAAGAAGCUCAAGAGAGCCAAAGACACGCUUCUCAUGCGCAAGCUCGUCACAGGCCGAUACAGUGAUGCCAUCAAAGACAAGGGCCUGGGAAGUCACUGGGGAGUUGCGCUGGAAGGCAUUAAAAGCGGUCUUGGGGGCCGCGCAGAGUAA